AUGGAAUUAUAUUGGUAUUAUGGUUUCCGUGGCAUGGAAAUUAAUUCUUUGCAAUUAAAGACAUUAAAGUUGAAAAAUUAUCAAUUUCCUGAAAAUGAAAAUGACUUAGAAAUUCUCGCCCCAUAUCUUCAUCAUUUGGAAAUAUCAGGAGAACUUCAUGAUCUCAAGUGUAGACUUGUUGAUGUGUCUUCUAUUGUUAAUGCUAAGCUUAUUUUCAGCAUUGCCUGUAUCAAAGACAUCCCAAGUUUUUAUGUGGGAGACAGUUGCCGUGACUAUCAUCAAGUAGUAUAUUCCCUCGUCCAAAAUAAUCUUCAAAAGUUAUGUAAUGCAACUGAGCUAACAAUGGGAACUUGGUUCACAGAGUUCAAAGGGGUGCCCGUUUCAGAAUUGAAUUGCAAAUAUCUAACGCUGGUGUUGCAUAUGAAAAAGUUUAAUAUGUACGGAGUAGCUGGUCUUUUGAGAGCCUCACCUCAUGUGGAAACAAUCAACAUAGAAUUGGAAACUACGCUGAUGAUUUCCCGCUGCAACUCUGAGUUACUUGAUUUGGCCAAUGGAGAUAAUAUGGAUUUGCUGAGUGGGGUUCCAAGUGUUGAGUUUCACAACCUCAAGAAGGUUAAGAUUGUCAUCUCCUCGGAAGCGUGCUUGAAAGAUCAUGUCAAAAGGGGCUUUGAAAAGGUUUCCAAACUUUCAGAAUUUCUAUUGUUGAAUGCACCGGUUUUGGAGAAUUUCUUUAUCAUAUCAAAGAGAAGAAGGUGCGAGACAUGUUCAAUGAACUGUCUAUCCCAAUAUUUAUCUCGAUUGGCCGACAAAUUGUUAGGUUAUCCAAGAUCGUCCACCAAUGCUGCGAUUAACUUCCAGGAGUGA